AGAAGAAUUGAACGUUUAACAGAAGGGCUCUCAACUAUUGGUUUUUUGAAGAGCCACUGCAGUUAUCCGUUCCAUGGAGUACUACUAGCUAGCUACACUUUUAUGUCCUCUUGUCCCUCCCUCGAUAAAUCAACAAAUUAGUGUCUGAUGAUUGCCUCCGUCAGGUUUUUGUAGGAAAAUGAAGGUGCUUGAUUGCAGACGGUUCUAAGAGGCAAGAAGUGUUUCUCUGCCGAUCUAACUUCCCACGUUAUUUUUCGAGAGAACAGAGGCUGGGGUUUGCAGCAACUUAUUCAGCUACAUCUAGCACUACAACUAUUUUAGCUACGUAUUCGACUGAUUUCCCCCUCCUAGGUUAUGUGUUAAACACUUCUUUGUCAGCAUUUGCGUUUUAAUGAGUAGUGAAAUAUGCGGAGACUGCUGGAAUCGUCUUGGUGGAUCUCGUCUUUGAUUUUAUCAGCCUUCGUGUUCUUCUGGGCUGACUGUCAUCCUGCUCUCACAGAAGGCCAGCCUGGGUCUUUAAGAGGAGGGAACCAUGGAAAUGUAGAAGAGGCAAGAGACAGGCGGGCAGCGAGGGAGUCCUACUGGGCCUACUCAGGGACGUAUGGGCCAGAAAGCUGGAUCUCUGUUUACCCAGAGUGCCGUGAGAGCAGUCAAUCUCCCAUCAACAUCAAUGAUCAGGAUGCUCGAGCCUCCACAGAGUACCAGGAACUCACUCUGGAUGGGUUUGAGACUGAAUCUUCGAACAAGACCUCCAUGAAGAACACAGGAAAAACGGUGGCCAUUCUUCUGAGGGAUGAUUAUUUUGUCAGGGGUGCAGGACUGCCCGGGCGCUUCAAGGCUGAAAAAAUCGAAUUUCACUGGGGCCAGAGCAAUGGCUCAGCUGGGUCUGAGCAUAGCAUCAACAGCAGGAGAUUCCCUGUGGAGAUGCAGAUAUACCUGUAUAACCCAGAUGACUUUGACAGCAUCAACACAGCAAUAAGGGAAAAAAGAAUAAUUGCUGCCAUGGCAGUGUUCUUCCAGGUUGGACUGAGGGAAAAUCUGGCAUUGGAGCCUAUCAUCAACGGUCUGAGGGGUGUGGUUCAUCAUGAGAAGGAGACCUUACUAGAGCCCUUUAUCCUGAGAGAUCUCCUGCCAUCCUCAGUGGGGAGCUACUACCGGUACACUGGCUCUCUGACAACGCCACCGUGCAGCAAGGUCGUAGAGUGGAUCAUCUUCAGCAGGCCUGUGUUUUUGUCCCAGCGACAGGUGGAAGCCUUCUAUUCCAUCUUCACCACAGAACAGCAGGACCAUGUAAAGUCAGUAGAGUACCUGAGGAACAACUUCCGCCCCCUGCAGGACCUUGGCAAUAGAGUGGUCUAUAAGUCCAUCAUUAAAGAUGCCUGGCUCCCAGACCUAAUGGACAGCCUGGGGAACCAACAUGGUACUGAGGCCUCUAAAGUGUGCAGCAGUGCCCCAAUCAACAUGAAGGUUCAGCCACUGAACAGAACAGCACUGGUGGUGAGAUGGACCUGGCCUGAAAUUGUAUACCAACCCAUCCUAAGCUUCAUGAUCUCAUACAGCUGGAACAAGAAUGAUGAGGCAUAUGAGAGGACUUUUCUGAAAGACAGCGACCAAGACCUGGAGGCCAUCAUCACUCAUGUGUCCCCUGACGUGCUCUAUCUCUUCAGAGUCCAAGCUGUGUGUCAGAAGGACAUGCGUAGUGAUUUCAGCCAGACAAUGCUUUUCAGAGCAAACACAACCAGGAUAUUUGAGGGAACAAGAAUAGUGAAAACUGGAAUGCCCACAGUUUCCUCUGCCUCCUCUGCAGAUAUGGCUCCCAUCAGCUCUGGCUCCUCCACCUGGACUUCGUCUGGCCUCCCCUUCUCCUUUGUCUCCAUGGCAACUGGGACUGGGCCAUCAUCUAGUGGCAGCCAGGCCACUGUAGCAUCCGUUGUGACUAGCACCCUACUGGCAGGCCUGGGGUUCAGUGGAGGGGUUAUCUCCUCAUUCCCAAGCUCUGUGUGGCCCAGUCGGAACCCACCUUCUGUAGCCACUCCCACUGCCACCCACCACGUGGUCAGACCAGCGGUCCCCACCAAAGAGCCAGCUGUGUCUCAGGGCUCAGAUGCUGACACUGCCGUGACCAAAGACAGUGAGGGCGCUGAGGAAGGUGAAAAGGAGGGAAAGGGGGGGAGAGAGGAGGGGGAGAGAGAAGGAGAGGAAGAGGAAGAUGGAGAAGAUGGAGAAGAAGACAGAACAAAGAAAGACAAGAAGGCAAUGGACAGAGUGGAGAUGAAGGUUAAUGGCCCUGUGGCAGAAGGACCCACAAUAAUAGCCCCAAUCUCCACAGCCAAAGAGAGAGGACAAGAGGAAUUUGCUGCAGAUGACAGGAAGACAGAAUUCAGCACAGAACCAUCUAAUGCUGUGGAGGACAGGCUGGUGAAAGGCACAAAGAGUGUCAUCAAAAAGGAUAUGAAAUCUCUGUCCCAGGAGCUAAAUGACAGCAUAUUUGAGAUCCAGCUUCCAAAUAGGUCAACACUUAUCAUUAAGACCAAUGGAGGGGACAUGAACCAGUGGCCUUUCUCUUUCUACACAGAGAGGAACUGCAUCUCUAAUAUGACCAAGAACCUUAUCCAUGGCCACAGCAAGCUGGAGUGGAUCAUCCCCCUGGUGGUGGUGUCCACUCUCACCUUUGCCUGUCUCGUUCUGCUGCUUGCCGUGAUGGUGUACUGGAGGAGGUUUUUUAAGACUGCUCACUUCUAUUUGGAGGACAGCAGCUCCCCCCAGGUGGUUCCCAAUGAUAGCACCCCUGUCAUUCUCAUCCCAGAAGACAUGGAGGCCAUCCCUGCAAAGCAGUUUGUGAGGCACAUCAUGGAGCUGUACUCACAUAACCUGCAUGGCUUUUCCAAGGAGUUCGAGGAGGUUCAAUGCUGUACUGCUGAUCUGAAGAUCACCGCAGACAACUCAAACCACCCUGACAAUAAGCACAAGAACAGAUAUAUCAACAUUGUAGCCUAUGACCACAAUAAGGUGAAGUUACAGCCAUUAGCUGGCAAGGACACCAAACACAGUGAAUAUAUCAGUGGAAACUAUGUGGAUGGAUACAACAGGUCCAACGCCUACAGCACUGCACAGGGCCCUUUGAAAUCCACCUUUGACGACUUCUGGAGGAUGGUCUGGGAGCAGAACACAGGCAUAAUCGUCAUGGUCACAAACCUUGUGCAGAAAAGACGAGUGUGUGUCACUGCCCCUGAGCUGCAGCACAUCUGGUCCAAGAUACCUGCUGUGUGUGCUGCUUUUCAUUCCAACUGAUUUAUUAGUAAUUUGUGAGAUUUACUUAUGCAGAGAUGACAUUUGUAAUGUCUAUGUCUGAGUUUCACCAUUUCCCUCUCUAUACCACAUCAGAGGGAUCCAGGAAUUCUCCAAAAAUUCCCUCCAUUUUCUGUGUGUGCUCAAACAAAGUGUCAUAAAACUUUGACCCUCCCUUACCCAUCUUACUUCUGAGGUGUGAAGCUUGGUGAUUGGUUGGCAACCAAACUAUGUUAGCUUUAUCUCACAAGCUUUAUUAGACAUCCCCAGGAGAAAUUCUGGGGAUUGGAGAGAAUUGCAGAUUCAUUGGAAGAUUGCUGCUCCUUCUCCUGGGUCUACCAAGGGACCCAGCGCUGACCACAUGGUGAGUGUUUCCGUUGUCUUCUGAUCAAGAAGGUGGAAGCUGGUGUGCAAAGUAACCAGAAUUCAAGUCUACAAAGCUUGUGAUGGAAGACUCUGAGUAAGACUGUGCCAAACUUCUGUUCAGCAUUCUAGCUAAAGGAAAAAAAAUAACUUAGAGAGACUUGGAAGGAACCUUAACUUGAGUGGAAGAUCUCUGAGCUAAUCCAGACCCAGAACACUGCUAGGAGUUGGACCACAAGUUAGGACCACGGACGUCUACAGGAAAAGACCAAGCACUCCUGUUCAAAGAGCAAGGGAAUUAACCGUGUCUUGCUCUAGCCCACACAGAAGAGCUGGGCCAGCAAUCCAGCCCUACUUAGCGAGAGGAACAUAGAGAGGGACAAGCCACACGUGACUUCCUGUUGUGCCCAGCUGAGGAGGGACCCUGACAAAGACUGAGUACAACAAUCUGCAAGAUUCUCAAUGCCUUUAACUCUUUGUCUUUAUC